GGGCUGGGGUUGGACUUCCUGGAGCGGGGACUUGUCAACAGGCGGCAGGUCUGGCCUGACUCAGGCCGGGCGGUGGGGACCGGGGGGCGCCCCCAGGGCAGAGAAUAAAGAACCCAGCGCCCCCCUCCCCGACUUGCCCCCCCUUCCCCCGGAUCCUGCCCCCCGGGGUACCCCAUACCCUGCCCCAACUUCAGGGAACUUUGCAGCCCCACCCCCUCCACGGUUGGGGGCCGGGAUGCCUGAAGCCCCCCAGAACUGCCCUGUGACCUUUGACCUGCAGGUGAGCUAGAAUCGGGGGUCACCGGUGCCCCCCGUUUGCGGCACGUGCCCGUGGGGAUGUCACUGCCUGCGGCUCCGUCUCUGGCCGGAGACCCCAGCGCGGGCCCGGCGCGAGCCCGGCCCCGGUGAGUGGGCGCCGGCGCAGGGACCAUGAGCGGCGCCAGGAAGAAGAGCAGCUUCCAGAUCACCAGCAUCACCAGCGAGUUCGAGCCCCUGGCGGCGCCGCCCGGCAUGGAGCCGCCGGAGGACGUGGCCGCGCCGCGGAACGGGCCCCCCGGCGCAGCCUCCCGCUUCCGCCUGGUGAAGCUGGACCAGGGCCCGGGUGAGCCCUACAAACGGGGACGCUGGACCUGCCUGGAGUUCUACGACCGUGACCCCGAGCACCAGGCCGUGGGGCGGCUCCUGAGCACCGCCCGGCACCCACAGUCCCUCGACUCCCGCCUGGAGCUGGCCGGGCUGGUGCCCAAGCCCCACGGCUACUUCAGCCCCCCUCUGCCACCGCCCUGGGGUGGGCAUGGCCACUCCCAGGGCACAGCCCAUCCCGGCGAGCACCUGCCCCGCUCACUGGGGGGUGGGGAGAGGACACCAGGGGGCGCCGCGCCAGGAGGCAGAGCUCACAGCCAUGGGCCCACCACGGAGCCGAGCCUGGGGGUGGAAGAGCUGCUGCUGCCCCACGGCCUCGCCCAGCGCAUCCGGAGGGAGGUGGAGGAGAGACACAAGGUGCCACCCCGAGGCUCCCGCCCCUCAUCUCCGGCCCCCCACUUUUUCCGGGAAGGGAGCCCCAUCCGGAAGGGGUCGGACCCCUUUGGAGGCCACCUAAGCCUGGCCCGCUCCAUGUUCGCAAUGGGGGCGCACCAGGACAGCGAUGAUGAAAGCAGCUCGGGCAGCAGCAUGAUCGCCAUCGACAACAAGAUCGAGCAGGCCAUGGACCUGGUGAAGAGCCACCUGAUGUUCGCGGUGCGGGAGGAGGUGGAGGUGCUCCGGGAGCAGAUCAAGGAGCUGGCCGAGCGCAACGCGGCCCUGGAGUGGGAGAACGGGCUCCUGCGCUCCCUGGCCAGCCCCGAGCAGCUGGCCCAGCUCCGCCGCCCCACGGCCUGACCCCCACCGGGGCCACACGCGCUACGAUCCCGCACAUGUGAAGGGGCCUGGCCGGACAGGGGGGGCUACUAACACAGCACGUGCCUUGGGGGAGGGGAUGGAGCCAGGACUCCUGGGUUCAGUUCUCAGCUCUGACAGGGGACAGGGGACUGGUGGGUUAGUGCAGGGGGGCUGGGAGCCAGGACUCCUGGGUUCUCUCCCCGGCUCUGGGAGGGGAGUGGGGGCUGGUGGGUUAGAGCAGGGGGGCUGGGAGCCAGGACUCCUGGGUUCUCUCCCCGGCUCUGGGAGGGGAGUGGGGGCUGGUGGGUUAGAGCAGGGGGGCUGGGAGCCAGGACUCCUGGGUUCUCUCCCCGGCUCUGGGAGGGGAGUGGGGGCCGGUGGGUUAGAGCAGGGCGGGGCUGGGAGCCAGGACUCCUGGGUUCUCUCCCCGGCUCUGGGAGGGGAGUGGGGGCCGGUGGGUUAGAGCAGGGCGGGGCUGGGAGCCAGGACUCCUGGGUUCUCUCCCCGGCUCUGGGAGGGGAGUGGGGGCCGGUGGGUUAGAGCAGA